GUUUCAGCACCAUGGUCAGUGCCACGGCUCUCCUCCUCGUGGUCACCUGCUGCUGCUCGUACCUGUGGCUCGUGCGCGCUGAGGACUCGUCUCUGGAAACUCGCUCUUUGGACUUCACGAUAAAAGCCCAACAGGAGAAAGACCUGAUUGAUGCUUUGCAAGAAGUUUUGGAGAAGCUGCGAAGCAAAGAAAUGCCAUCGGAGAAAAAACUUGGUUGGCUGCCAUCAUGCGACGCGGGGGAGCCGUGCGCCGUGCGUAAAGGCGCACGGAUUGGCACAUUGUGCAGCUGCCCGCGGGGAACCGCCUGUAACUUCUAUGUCCUCAAGUGUUUGUGAUGUAAAAGAUGG